AUGGUACACUCCUGCACCACUCGUUCUAUCCUCGAGGAUGAGUUGAAAGUUGGGGCCUGCGCCCCUUCUAGUAUGGGAGGGUUGAACAUAAAAUUAAUCCAGGCCAAAGGACUGCAGCUUUCACGUGGAUCGGUUGUCGUCACUGCAUCCUGUGGCUUUGAUGAUUCCACCAAUGCCAGAGAGGCCCGUUGGGGCAAUGUAUUCUCUCUGGAAGCGCAUGCCUUGCUGGGAUACCGCUAUGCCUCGAUCUCUCAGAGUGCACGCAACUCAAUCCCCGGACUCGACUACACAUCAGGCUCAAUAACAUCAUUUGCUCAUGCGCGGAGAUUUCUCUGCAUGUUCUCCACAUUCUGUUGUUCCUGUUGGUCUGUUGGAGGUCUAGACUCCGCUCUGAGAAUUGCCCUAAUGGGACAUUCUCCGCACCGUCUGUUUGUCCAGCUUUCUUGGGUAUGCAGCUUGUAG